AUGCCAGCAACUGCAUCAUCCUCAACUUGCUCGAUUUCAUCUCGUAAAAAGGACUGGUUAGAAUAUAUCGUAUUUCCGGAAGAGGUGAUUCUGAAUGAACCGGUGGAGCGAUGGCCGCUAUGCGAUUGUUUAAUAAGUUUUCAUGCGACUGAUUUUCCACUGCAUAAAGCGAUUGAAUACGAACGUCUUCGAAGACCGUAUGUGAUCAACGAUCUUCACAGACAGUACGAUUUGCUCGAUCGACGGAAAGUUUUCCGGGCAUUAGCACGUGCUGGAAUUGAGCAUCCUCGUCAUGGAGUGUUGAUACGAGACCAGAACGGAAAAGUCGUGAAUUUCACAGAAGGUGAAUUGAUAGAGCAUAAUGAUCAUAUCGAAGUGAAUGGUAUGGUUUUUAAUAAACCGUUUGUUGAAAAACCACUUUCUGCCGAAGAUCAUAACGUUUACAUUUAUUAUCCGAGUUCAGUUGGCGGUGGAUCUCAGCGACUUUUUAGAAAGAUAAAUAAUCGAAGUAGUUGGUAUUCACCCGUUAGUACGGUACGUCGAGAUGGUUCAUUCAUUUAUGAAGAUUUCAUACCUGCGGACGGCACUGAUGUAAAGGUUUACGCUGUAGGACCGUAUUAUGCGCAUGCAGAAGCACGGAAAGCACCCGGUUUAGACGGUAAGGUAGAAAGAGAUUCACAUGGCAAAGAGGUCCGAUAUCCGGUUAUACUGAGUAGUAAGGAGAAGACGAUUGCUCGAAAAGUUGUUAUUGCAUUCGGGCAAACAGUGUGUGGUUUCGAUUUAUUACGAGCAAAUGGUAAAUCAUAUGUUUGUGAUGUGAAUGGAUUUUCAUUCGUUAAAACCUCCACCAAAUAUUAUGAAGAUACAGCGAAGAUUUUAGGCAAUACUAUUUUGAGGCGAUUAGCUUCGAGUAUGUCCAUACCAUGGCAAAUUCCUUAUCAGGAUGACGAUCCACCACUGGUUUCAACACCAAGUGGAAAGGUGAUGGAACUUCGAUGUGUGCUAGCUGUAAUUCGUCAUGGUGAUCGAACGCCGAAACAAAAAAUGAAGGUUGUAGUAACUGAUGGGCGUUUCUUUGAGCUGUUUCGUAAAUACGAUGGCUUCAAGAAGAACGAAAUAAAAAUGAAACGUCCGACCCAAUUAAUGGAAGUACUUGAAUUGGCACGUCAAAUUCUUCAUGAGCAACAAAUGCGCAGAACUGAAUUGGUUCGAUUGAUUGAGCGUUGUGAAAAGAAUGGUGAGAUUGUUCAGACUAAAAAUAAAAGUAACAAUUUACGACGGUUCGAACGGGAUUUUGAGCGGUGUGAAGAGGAUAUCAAGAAAUGGGAUCAAAUGCGAACGGUACUCGAAAUGUAUGGUCACUUCUCGGGUAUCAAUCGUAAAGUGCAAUUGAAAUAUUUGAAACCACGUGAGAUUAAAGGCUCAUCUGACCGAUCGGAUAGUGAGGAACAACAUCAGUCUGCUGCAUUGAUGUUGAUCCUUAAGUGGGGUGGUGAACUCACUACGGCAGGUAAUCUUCAAGCUGAAGCACUCGGCAAAUUGUUCAGGACACUUUAUCCUGGAAUUCGAAGGACCGAUGGUAAAAGUUCACCUGAAGAUACGCAAGGCUUGGGCUUUCUUCGUCUACACAGCACUUAUCGGCAUGAUCUCAAAAUCUACGCUUCUGAUGAGGGUCGCGUUCAAAUGACUGCUGCUGCUUUUGCAAAAGGUCUACUUGCAUUAGAAGGUGAAUUGACGCCAAUUCUUAUGCAAAUGGUGAAGUCAGCAAAUACAGAUGGUUUACUUGACGAUGACUGUAAUGCGCGAGAUUUUCAAAAUGAAUUGAAGUCAUACUUGCACUCAGCAUUACAGGUGGAUCGAGAAUGGACAGCUGAUGAUUACGAAAGUUUGAAUCCAUCUGGGAAUAGAUCAAUAGCAAAUGCAAUGGAAUUCAUAAAGAAUCCACGAAAAAUGUGCGACGAAAUAGCUGGCUAUGUGCAACGAAUGGUUGAUGUGAUCAACUGGCACAAGAUCAAUCGUUUAAAUCAUUCGUUGUAUCUGAAUGAGACUUGGGAUUUGGCUGAACGACGUUGGAGUAAAGAACUGCGCGAAUUUCGGCGCGUUAAUAAAGCAGGUGAAGUGGAAUUCGAUAUAUCAAAGAUACCGGAUAUUUAUGAUAAUAUCAAGUACGACAUGGAACACAAUCCUGACUUAUGUGUUAACAAUGAAGGAGAAUUUGAACGUAUGUACUUAUGUGUGAAGAAUAUGGCUGAUAUAGUUGUACCGCAGGAGUAUGGUAUCAGCGAAAGCAGUAAAAUAAGUAUUGCACAACGUGUUUGUACACCUCUGAUAAAGAAGAUCCGAAGUGAUUUGCAUCGUUGCAUUGAAAGUUCGGAUGAAGAUGAAAGUCAAACGCGGUUAGAUCCAAGGGCUUCUCAGGGCAUAGCAACACCGUUAAGACACGUUAGAACAAGGCUGUAUUUUACGAGUGAAUCGCAUAUCCAUACGCUCAUGAAUUUGAUUCGUUAUGGAGGACUUUGCUCGAUAGACGAUAAGAAAUGGCAACGCGCAAUGCACUUUUUAGCUGGAGUUACUGAAUUUAAUUAUAUGACACAAGUUGUACUGAUGGUCUAUGAAGAUAGUCGUGCAGACAGUGAAAAGCGAGGCACGGAUCGUUUCCAUAUCGAAUUGCUCUUCUCACCGGGUCUUUAUCCAUGUUUUCAGUCCGAAAAAGAGCGCAUUUAUGAAACACGAUUCCCGAACACGAAUGGCAAACCAGGCCCAUCAGUGACGAAGUUGUCUUCGCGAGCGCAGUUCAACGGUUCGAAUACGUCACUAUCGUCGAUGGGAACUGUGAGUGGUGAUAAGGGUGUCAGUGAGUCGCCACCAGCAACGACAGUGGUGUCCAAGGAUGUGUCUACGUUGCCGUCAACAGACAGCUUAAACGAAUACACUGUGGGCAAGAGUUCAACGCAAGCGAUGACUUUAACGAAGAAAUGCUUGGAAAUGAAUGAUUCUGAAGAUGAUCUGAACGAUGAAUCGGUUAAUUUGGUUGUGCUCGAUGAAGUAGCUAAUAAUAAUAAUCAAUACACAAGCGAUGAACUAGCGCGGCAUAGUCCCACCGCAGUGUCGACGUCUCAUUCAACAAGAAGGCGCCAUAUGACCAGUGGCGAAGCGAUAGCAAAUGUUGUCGGUGAAUGCAAUGCGGCGCCGAGUCGUAUUCAGUCCAGCUCGAUCGCAUGCGAUAGUUAUUCAUCUGUUUGUGAUGCUAACGACCCCGUCAAUCAUGUCUCUCAUUUAAACAUCGCUGACACUAGACAUGUGGGCUUGAUGAAAUCAGUAAGCGAUAUUUCUUGUGAGAAAGCAGCGCAAGAGGUACGAUGGACAUUGGCAACGGAUGAUUCUGCAGACGGUGAUGAAAAUGCUCGUCGUUCUCGAUUUCCAUAUCGAUUCAAACACCACACAGUGAAUCUUCUCAAAGAAGUUGAUAAUCGUCUGAUCAGCACAGAUGUCCUAUUCGGAUCAUCAGAUGCGGCACGUCGACGAAUGUCAAACAGUUCGGCUGUGCUGUCAACUGCUAUUAUAGCGCGGUCAUCGAGUGCACCGCGUUUGCAGACUUAUAAAGCCGAGGACGAGAUUUCUGUUGGUGAAAUUCGUCGUUUUUGGCCACCGUUAAGAUCACUUGAAACACUACAUGACGGUAUCAAAUUCAGUCAGUUGGAUCAAUUCCUUGAAAGACUGUUAACAAUUCGAACACCGCUACCGUCACCACCAAAAACACCGAUCUUAAGAGAAGUUUUCGAAAGCGGGGAUGCAAACCCUUUGAAUGUAGCAUAA